AUGACUGAACCUGUCCCGCAUGUUUCUCCACGGCCGCAGCCCGCAGAUAUAUAUUGGCGCACUGCACGAAGCCCUGUCCCGGGCGGGUUUGCUGCUCGACGGCGUUGGAAGGGCUCACGAGAGCAGCCCCUCUUCAACGGUGAUAACUAUCGACAGCGACGGAGGGACGAGAGGGGCGCGCGCCGUUCAUUGGCGGGAAGCGUGCGGUGGCUUGAUAUGCAGGCACUAAAUAUCAGAUCCAAUGGCUGUCAAGCUGUCAUACGAGAGACUUCACACCGACAGAGGGAUAUCAAAGCGGACGGUGAUGAGACUGCAGUUCCGAAGAUUCUCCGUUGA